AAGCUUGUCGAAGGGCCGCAUAGCUGACUGUGCACCCUUUUGCUCAGUGUUCGCUGUGAUAGAAGCACCAUCAACGCCCGGAAGUAUGAACGAUCGGCCUCAGCAGGCAACCGAGGGAUACCCCCAUCACGGCCUGCGUAUCCAGCCAUGUCGUCUCCGUAAUACCCCACGACGCCAUGUGUGCCGUCGGACCACAGCACGAACCGACGACUGCCAACCGUGAUUCUGAGCUUUUUCUCGAAUAUGGGGUCUCAGUAUAAAAGUCGUCCGCUCGUCUGCCGUUCAGCAUCAGGUUCACUCCUGCUCUCAGCCUCCACACCUUCCUCUCAGGUUCCACGACUUGCCCCGCAUCAGUCCAGUCAUGUUCUGCAAGGCUACCCUCCUCACUGUUGCUCUCGCGCUCGUCGCUUCUGCGAGCCCCAUUGCUCGCGAGCCCGCUCCCUCUGGUAUCCGGAUCCCCCUCCAGAAGCGUGGCAGCCUGAAGAACGCGGAUGGCACGUUCAACCAUGAAGCUGCAGUUCGUGAGAUCGUGAAGCUGAAAAACAAGCACCGCCAGAACCUCAUCAACCUCGAGAAGAACGUCGGCCGUCAGGCGUUCCCUGAGGGUGCUGAGAUCAAGCCCCUGGCAACCGUCCCCGAGUCCUUCCAGAAGCGUGGCGCUGUAAAGCUCACUGAUCAGGAAGACGACCUCGAGUGGACCGGGAAGAUCACCAUCGGUAGCCCUGCCCAGAGCUUCACUGUAGACUUCGACACUGGCUCGUCAGAUCUCUGGGUUCCCUCCUCUUCAUGCACGACCUGCGGUAGCCACGCCAAGUACAAGGCCAGCUCCUCGUCCGACAGUAGCAAGAAGAGCGGUUCAUUCUCCAUCAGCUAUGGCGAUGGCUCAACUGCUUCCGGUACGCCCUACACCGACACUGUGACUGUCGGCGGCGUCACCGUCACCGGCCAGUACCUUGCUGCCGUUACGAAGGAGUCGUCCGAGUUCCAGUCGGAUCCUGCCGACGGCCUCCUCGGUCUCGGCUUUGCCUCAAUCUCCAACCUCGGCCACGACCCCUUCUUCUUCACCGCCGUCGACCAGGGCGUCGUCGAUCAGGGCGUCUUCGCUUUCAAGCUCGCCUCCUCCGGUUCGGAGCUUUUCAUCGGUGGCACGAACAAGGACCUCUACUCAGGUGACAUCGAGUACCACGACCUCUCCAGCGACGACGGCUUCUGGCAGAUCGGCGGCGCAUCCGUGUCUGUAAACGGAAAGACUGAGGCUUCCAACUUCGAAACCGUCAUCGACUCGGGCUCGACGAUUAUCACCGCGCCCACGUCCGCUGCUAAGAAGUUCUGGUCAGCCGUCUCCGGCUCGAAGGUGUACGACUCUUCGCAGGGUCUCUACUCCUACCCUUGUGACUCUGCGCCUGAGGUCUCGUUCAGCUGGGGCGGCAAGGACUGGGCUAUCAGCGCAGACAACCUUAGCCUUGGUGAGACCGAGAGCGGAUCUGGCGAGUGUGUUGGUGCCAUCUCUGGCGGCGACCUCGGCCUUGGCAGCAACGUCUGGCUCCUCGGCGACACUCUUUUCAAGAAUGUCUACACCGUCUUCUCUGUUGACGAAAAUGCUGUCGGCUUUGCCGAGCUCUCAUGAGAAAAUGACGUCGCACGUUUCAUGUCUGUUGUAGUCUGGAGUGAUCUUGUAUUGUAG